CCAGAACUUAACCUGAGACUUGAAGAAUCGCUUCUUACUUUCCAACAAGGAACAGGAAAGUCAUGGAUUCUGCAAUCUUAAAAUGUACUCAAAGUCUUACUAGUGCUGAAGACAUGAGGAACCAAACCAAACUUAUGAUGCAGCCCUAUGCUAACUGGGAAGAGUAUCUGACUCCAGCACCUCUAUCCAUAGCCAUCCUGGGAGAGCUGGUUUUCAUUUCAUCCUCAACAGAUUUCUCUAUCAGUAAAAAUCCACCUAAAGAUGGCUAUCAAUUCAUCAAAUACCCUGAUUCCUUUCGCGCUUGCCUCAUGCAAGUGUGUAACUCUGGUUGGUGGGCAUUUAAUGAGGCCCAUAAGAGCAUGGAUCAGAUCCGCCUCCAUACUGCCCAAGUUCCAGAUUACAUGAAAACUGCUGUGAAGAUUCUGUUCCAAGGCGAUGAUGAAGUUGUCAAAGCUCAUCUUCCUGAUCAGCUGAAUAAUAUCAGAGUCAUAGCAAAUGAAUGUCUUGAGUUGUCUAAUGUAGCUGAAAAGCGUUUCACUGAUGUUAUUAAUAUCAUCCAAGAACUGCUAGAAGCAUGUGUGAAUGCAGAGCACUUCUAUGGGGAAGAAAUGGAAGCUGUCAAGAAGAAACUAGAAGAGAGUAAACUGAGGAAGCAGUCAGCUCAGGAGAUCAAGAAAAGGACUGAUAAGGUAGUUAGUGCCAUAGAGACAGAACUGGAACAGGCUCAUGAGAGCUACAAGACAGCUCUUAAAUCUCUCCCUAAUGGAUGGGAAAUGAUUGGCAUGGAUGUUGUGGGUGGGAUAUCACAGAGUCUCGUAGUCCUGGUUAAUGGACUGAUAAAGAAUGCUACUCAGCCAUUGGAAAUGUCUUUUCCAGCAGCGACUAUUGCAGACACUGCAAGUCACAUUAAAGUUCAGGAAAGUGCAAGAGAUGUGGUAGCUGAAAUAAAUGUAUAUAGCAAGUCGGCUGAAAUUUUAAACUGUGCACAGACUAUCCAGCAAUUUAUGAAUGCGAAUAGUAAAGUUGAUGACAUUGACUGGACAAAUCUGUAUGAUCAAAAGGACAAAAAUACAAAGACGGAUUUCACAGCAAAACAGUUUGAAAGAAUCAAUGAAACUUUAAAGAAAAUCUCUGACUGCCCAGCAAAGAUACAAGCUCAGAAGUUAUGCAUAGAUGGCAUGGAAAUAUGCAACCAGCUUGCAAAAUAUGCACCAGAUGGCGAAUGUGACAAAACAAAAAGCACUGAGAUAAUAAAUAAGGUCUUGGAUCUGAUCAAGUCAGCUUAUAUUUUUGAUAGCAAAAGCAAAGCCAUCACAAAUUCUCCAGGCAUUUUCCCAAAACCACCAAUGAUGUAUAAAGAAAACAAAGCAGAUAGAAGUAGUAUCUUACAGAAGACCACAGAGAAUGCAAGAAUUGCCGUAGAGCAGACCCGAGCUCAGCUGAACAAGACAAGAGAAACUUAUGAAAAGUGUGUGGAGAACCUAGAGAAGAACCAGAAGGAACUAACUGAAAUCCUGGUCACUAUGAGAAAUUGUGAACUGAAAGAGAUCGACUUCAGAACUACUAUAGAGAUGCUGGUCAAAGGAAUGGAUGCCAUGGGGAGAGUGAAAGAGCAAUGGGAGAAGAUGGUUCACUUCUUUCAAAUGGUUUCCAGCAUUGUGAAAACCAGCCUGAGCAAAACUCUCACAAACUUUGUCUCCACAUCAGAGAAAACACAAGUCCUCUCCUACAAUGCAAAGCUCUUCUCAAAAGAUCUUCUCUACAACCAAGCCUUCCAAGCCUGUAACAUCGCUAGUCUGGUCCAUAUGAUCUCUGCAACAUACACAGAAGUUUCCAGCAAGUACCUGAUGGACCGUGUCAGUUCACUGGGCAAACUAAUGGCCAUGGAUAAAAGUAAGCCAGAAUUUGAGCAAGAGCGACAACAGCUCCAGAACAGCUGUGAUGAGGCACAGAAAGGCAUCUUAAGGCUUGUCCUGAAGAAUAAAGAUGAGUAUGACAAGAAGAGUAUUGCGAGACUAGAAAGAAUUGAUCGAGAAUUGCUUGCCAUUCUACCUGCUGCUCUUCCAGAAGAAAUCAAGAGUAUUCAAGAGGUUGUUCAAGCUGGAUUCCCUAAAGAAGAAGAAGCAUCAUAUUACUGAGGGAAUGUACUGAAGAAAUGUGUGUUUUCAAGUUUUACAUUGAAAAUACAAGACAAGACAAAAGCCUCUUCUUUCAAAAGCAACGAUUCCUGUCAUUGAUCAACAUCUGCAUUUUCCCCCCAGAUUAAGUGUGGAAAAUUGGUGAACUUCUUUUUGAGUAUAUGGGAUUUCAUGGGAUUUUACUUAUGGUGUUUGCUUAUGGAUUUCUCUUUGAAUUUAGAUAUACUUCUGUUUACUUUUCCAUUAAGAAUGUGUUUUUAUUAAGGCAUGUACUCUAGGCAAAUAUUACUGGAGAGUACAAUUAAUACUUUAGUUCUGCUUUAAUUUCAAUUGCUCUUAUAUUGUCUUCCGCUUCUUGAUAUAAUCAACUCUUCUGCUUUCCAAUUUUUGCUUCUUCCUAAUAAUUUGCCAUGAUUUAAACUUAAAUAAAUUGGUAACACUUAACAAUAUGUUCCUAUUUAUUAACAUUAGAUAUCUAUAUUAGUUAACAUAAACUAAUAAUACCAAAUCCUUCUAAAGCAUUUAUUAGUUAAUGAUAAUUUCAACAUUAAAUUUUACUAAUACAUUAUUGAAAUCAAAAUUCUGAUAACCUGUUGGCCAGAGGUUACAUUUAAGGCUUUUAGCAGUGAUUAUCAAAGCAACUAAAAAAAAAAAAAAAGAAUAAAUGUUGAUUAUUAUAACAAACUACUUGUGUUUUUAUUUUAUUUCUUAAUCAAUGUACAUGUAUUUUAAUUGAUUAUAUUAAUAAUUGUUUACAAUAACAAGCAUUUAGUGAUGAAAAUACAAACAUUUCAACCAAGAACUAAGGCAUGGACAGAAGGACGAGCUGAAAAGGAUGUUAUAAUGAUUUAACCACACCAUUUACCAAAAAUGUAUGUAACUCAAAUAUGUAUAAAUGACACAAUGCAAAAUCAGACGUUUUUUAAAAAUGGAAAGAGAAAUCACCUGCAGUCUAAGUCUAGAAGCCCAUAUAUAUAUUUUUUUAUAAUGGAUAUUAUUAAUAUUUUUAAUCCCACACAAUAGUGACCGUAAAAAAGUUUUUCAUUUAUAAAGCUCUACAAACCGCACCGACUGAUGUUUUAGUGCACUUCCUGCAAAUAUGGAAAAAAUAAAGGGUCUCAAUUAAAUAUGUGCAGUUUCACAUGAUUAUUGCAAAUUGUCACAUGACCAGAGCAGUUUAUUUCCUGUUUGCACCUUGAGCAGAUGAUGGAUGCAUCAAAGCUCCAAAACGAAAGGCUAGUAAAGUGUGUUAACAAAGAUAUGACAAAGAUUUUUGGUACACAUUAUCUUUAGGGUGUCUAGUAUUAAUCUAUGAAUUGACAUAUAUUCAGUUUUAUUGAGUGUGGUCAUAGAAUGAGUAAACAUGUUGAUAGUCACAAUAGUGACCGGUGGGAUAACGUGAACUUAGUUAUACAAUAUAAAUCCAAUUGCAGUUGUUAGUGAAAAUUGCAAUAAAAUGUUGCAAUAACAAAAUAUUGCACUAAAUUAAAAAUUCAAAUGUUACAAAAAAUUUACAUUAUUGAUGUUGUAAUACUGGUAGCACUAAUAUAAAAAUUUGAUGUUAUAUUUUACAAAGUAGUAACAAUUUUGAAAUGCGCUGAUGGUUGUAUUUUUUUGUCUUUUAUCUCAUUGUUCCUAUCAAUGUUGUAUAUGUUUUUUAUGCAUAAUAGUAACCCUAGAAUGUGAUCAAACAGUUUAAAAUAGCUGGGCUAAGAUAUAUAACUAUUUUUAGGACUGCAGGAAUAUGUUAAUUCAGUACUCACCUUAUCCCACUGGUCACAAUUGUGACCGACCAUAAAACACAAUUUUUCCACAUACUCCCUCCCCAGUCGCCAGAAUUCGGGAUAUCAGUUUCCGGUUUACGUUAAAUGUUGAAAUGAUGGUGAAGGUAAAGUAAAUUUAAAAAUAAGGGAAUGCAUAAUUAAACAUUCAAUGCUGGAUGUUAUAUACACAAUAACGAUGAUAAUUAAAAUAAAACCUCUAGAAUUUUUUCCCAAAACUUUGUUUGAGAUCCAACAAUAACUGGCUCCAGCAUAUCACCGCAGACUGCCUGUUGAUGACUCCAAUAGGCAUGUCUGUGGCUGCUAAAAGCCAUUCCAGCUUAAAACACUUAAUUUGCCUGGCUACAGUAACUGUUUUCAUUAGAUUUAGAGUUAUAUUAAACAUCCCACCAGCUCGACCGGGCUCCCUUGUCCCUCCGGCUCCACCUUGGUCAGUUGUCGACCAUCCGCCACCUCAGGAUUCCACUCCUCUGGCUUCACCUCGUCCCUCCAUCCCUCUGGCUCUGCAUGGCUCCUCCUUCCCUCCAGUUCCACCUUCGUUCUCAGUCACUCUGGCUCAACUGUGGUUUUCCGGAGCCUGCUGCUCCUUGGCUCUCCGGAUCCUCAGUGUCACUCAGGGUCCGUGUCUGCUCGGCUUCAUCUGGGUCUCCAUCAUCAUCGCAGGAGCUCGAAUCCCUGGUUCCACCUCCUAGCC